CUCUCUCGCACACAAGCUGCGUCUUUUCACCCACUCUCACUCAUUCACUGGCGCAGACACACACGAGGCGACGGGCAUAUGUCGAUAUAUGCAACAGAUCCGUCAACAAGGACAUCGCCACGGUUUGCUUUUCAGUCAUUUUUAUUUUCCAAAAGAGGCAGAGUCUACUUAUUUAUUUAUCGAUCUAUUUAUUUAUUUCAUUAACUGUUUUUUUUUGGUUGCAACAUUGAGCAGCUGCGGAGGAUUAACCAUGCCAGACGUCUGAGAAAACAACUAUUCCCUCCCCCUCGGAUUUCCCCCUCAGUAGAAGAAUUCGCCACAGUGUGCGCACAGAAGAUGAGGGCAAAAAUGAUCCAAAUCAAAGGAAACCUAUUCUCUUCGGCACUAUUUAAACUACUGUUUUUUGUCGCGCUUACGCGCUGCGCCGCCGGAAAGACUUUGAAAUAUAAAGUUUACGAGGAGCAGAAAGUGGGAACUGUUAUUGCACGGUUGAAAGACGAUGUUGCCGGGGUUCUAUCCAGACUACCGAGUACCCUGACCUUUCGGUUCCGCGCUAUGCAGCGAGGAAGCACGCCGUUCCUGUCUGUUCGUGAGGAGGACGGGGAGAUCAGCAUUGGCACCAAGAUCGAUCGUGAGAAGCUUUGUGAAAAGAACUUGAACUGCUCUAUUGAAUUCGACGUAGUCACACUCCCGACGGAGUUUCUGCAGCUGUUCCAUGUGGAGGUGGAAGUGCUGGACAUCAACGACAACUCCCCGCACUUCUCGCGCGCCAUUGUCCCCAUUGAGAUCUCGGAGAGCGCAUCCGUGGGGACGCGCAUCCCGCUGGAUGGCGCCGUGGAUGCGGACGUCGGGGAAAACUCCCUGCACACAUAUGCCCUGACGCCAAAUAACUUCUUUAAGAUCGAUGUGAGGACCAGGACCGACGGGGCCAAGUACGCAGAGCUGGUGGUGAUGAGAGAAUUGGACAGGGAGGUGCUGUCCAGCUACCAGCUGCAGCUCACAGCCUCGGAUAACGGUUCACCACCUAAAUCUGGCUCUACUUUGAUCAAGAUCACCAUUUCGGAUUCCAAUGACAACAGCCCGGCCUUUGAAGAGCAAGCUUAUAUUAUUACUUUGCUGGAAAGCUCUCCUCUAGGGACUCUAAUGAUUGAUUUAAAUGCCACAGAUCCAGACGAGGGCACUAAUGGGAAAAUAGUCUACUCUUUCAGCAGUCAUGUCUCGGCAAAGAUCUUGGAAACAUUUAAGAUAAACCCAGAAAAUGGCCACAUCACUCUUAUUAAAAAAGUGGACUACGAAAGCACUGCUUCCUACGAGCUGGAUGUUCAGGCUCAGGACAUGGGCCCAAAUUCCAUUCCUGGACUUUGCAAAAUUGUGGUGAAAGUAGUGGAUGUAAAUGACAACAAACCAGAGAUAAACAUCAACCUGAUGACGCCUGGGAAAGAAGAAGUUGCCUACAUCUCAGAGGGUGCCCCAGUGGACACCUUCAUAGCUCUGGUACGUGUUGACGAUAGUGACGCUGGGCUCAAUGGCGAGGUGGUGUGCAGGCUGCAUGGACACGGACACUUCAGACUCCAAAAGACCCACGAGAAGAACUACAUGAUCCUCACUAAUGUCACGCUGGACAGGGAGAAGAGGUCAGAGUACAGUCUGACAGUCAUAGCUGAAGACAGGGGCUCCCCCAGCCUCUCCACCAUCAAACACUUCACCGUUCAGGUGCUGGACGAAAAUGACAAUCCCCCAAGUUUUGAAAAAAGCCGCUACGAGGUCUUUAAAUCGGAGAACAACUCUCCUGGGGCCUACCUGAUGACUGUGGUGGCCUCAGAUCCAGAUCUAGGCACCAACGGCCAGGUCACCUACACCAUCAUGGAUGCUUUGGUUCAGGGGAGCCCCAUCUCCACCUACGUCACCAUUGACCCUUCUAAUGGCGCCAUCUAUGCCUUACGCAGCUUUGACCAUGAAGACGUCAGCCGUAUCACUUUCACCAUUCAGGCACGUGACGGGGGAAACCCUGUUCUGUCAACCAACACCACUGUCCUUCUCACUGUCUUGGAUGAAAAUGACAACCCACCCAACAUCCUCUCCCCUUCCCUUCGGAAUCACACCGCUGAGCUGCCGGUGUGGAAGUAUGCAUCACCUGGUCAGCUCAUCGCUGCGCUUAAAGUCACAGACCGCGAUGCCGGCACUAAUGGAGAAGUGAGCUGUGCCAUUGUUGGUGGCAAUGAGGAUGGGUUGUUUGCGAUGGACACACGUCGAUGUGAGCUCAGAACUAACGGCAGCCUGGAGCAGGCUCCCCGGGACAUGAUGGAGAUCAGGGUGGAGGUGCAAGACCGGGGGACCAUUCGGUUGUCCACAGGGGCCCUCUUUAGACUCUCCCUGCAGGAAAACAUGGACAUCUUCCCUGCUCUCUAUCCCACAGGCUCCAGCCAGGCCCCACUGGAUCUCUCCCUCAUCGUCAUCAUAUCUCUAGGUGCGGUUUGCGCUCUCCUGCUCAUUGUCAUGGUUAUGUUUGCUACUGCCCGCUGCAGCCGAGAGAAGAAAGACCCCAGAAACAAUUAUAACUGCCGUGUGGCAGAGAACAGCUACCAGAACCAUCCCAAAAAGCCUGCUAGGCAGAUCCACAAGGCAGAUAUCACACUGGUCCCAACCGUUAAUGGGACUCUGCCUAUCCGGGCCCACCCACGUUCCCCUUCAGCCUCCCCGAUGCCUGAGAGGGGAACCCUUGGCAGCAGGCAGAGCCACCAUAGCCGUCAGUCCCUCAACAGCCUGGUAACCAUUUCCUCCAAUCAUGUGCCAGAGAACUUCGCCCUAGAGCUGGCCCACGCUACGCCCCCAGUGGAGCAAGUCUCACAGCUUCUGUCCAUGCUCCAUCAGGGCCAGUACCAGCCACGGCCAAGCUUCAGAGGCAACAAAUACACCAGGAGCUACAGAUUUGCCCUGAAUGAGAUGGACAAGUUCAGUCUGAAGGACAGCGGUCGUGGAGACAGUGAGGCAGGGGACAGUGACUACGAGGCUGGAAGGGAGUCACCCAUGGACAGGCUCCUUGGUGAGGGCUUUACUGAGAUAUAUGCCCCUGAUGGCCAGCACAGAUCGCAUGCAGCUAUGAGGCUUUGCACAGAGGAGUGUCGUGUCCUAGGUCACUCAGAUCAGUGCUGGAUGCCCCCCCUGGCCUCCCCGUCUUCGUCGUCUGACUACCGCAGCAACCUCUACAUCCCUGGGGAAGAAGCCCGCCAAGCAACUGACCUCUCUCAGGAAAAGCCCCCGCAGCCCUGCACAGACAGCGGCCCCGCCCGAAACCAGAGCUUCUCUACCUUCGGCAAGGACCUAGGGGGUGAGGAAGGUGAUGAAGAGGAAGGGGGAGAGGGAGGUGGGGUUGAUGCCAGAGAUGAGGACUUGUGUGGGACCACGUCGCUGCUGUCAGAGAUGAGUAGUGUGUUCCAGCGGUUGCUCCCCCAAGGUCUAGACUCGUACAUCCAUGUUAACGAGAACCAGAAAGGGACCAGUCUCAGCGGAGUGGGCGUACCCAUGACUGGAUCUUUAGAUCGCAGAAGAUGCCACCUCCCUGGGAAGCCCAACCCCUCCGUCCACCAGCAAGGCGUAGCGGCCUGGGCCGCCAACACCCACUUCCAGAACCCGGGAAGCAGCAUUGGGCCAUCUGGCCAUCACCAGGGUGGCAGCUACCACACCCUGAAACCAAGCACAAAGCUCAGCUCCCAAAGCAGCUGCCACAAGGGCUCGCAGGCACCCAAAAGCAGCCCCCAGAACAACAGCCACAACGCCAAAACCCACAGCAGCCCGAUGCUCACUGCACUGGUCAGCCCCACUCUGGUGCAACCUUCCCCGGCACCGGUGCCAGCAGCGCUCCUCGGGCCCUCCUCCAAGUGGCUGCCAGCCAUGGAGGAGAUCCCAGAGAACUAUGAGGAGGAUGAUUUUGACUCCGUGCUCGGCCACCUUCAAGGCAAACGUAGUGACAGCAGACACGAGCUAGUGGACGCCAGCGACCUGGUGGCUGAAAUCAACAAACUCUUACAGGAUGUUCGGCAAACCUAAACUUCCUGUUUCUGUUCCUCUUUAUUUAUUAACUACCCACAGACUGCUUUCUUUACUUUAAAAAAAAGUGAGGGACCAUGGGUGGGAAAAAGGAGAGAAAAAAACAAGACCUGCAAUUGUCGUUAAAGUUGCAUUUCUAAUGUAAUAAUUGUGUUUUGUGAAUGCUAAAUAUCCCAAAAAAUUGUUUGUAAUUGCUGGUUUGGUACGCAAUGUACUCUGUGUCACUGUAUUUAUCUUUGUAUUUUAAAAAUACAUUUGUAUACUUAUAUUUAUUUAAAAAAAUGUAUAUAAACUAAAAAUAAGUCUAUUUUUAUAUUUUGAAUGCAUGUUGAGUACGAAAACCUUGAAUCAAGACUGACAUGCGAUCAACAUUCUACAUAUUUAAAUUGUCUUUUGAAUUGUUAUUCUCUCUUUAUUUGUCACUACGAUAUGUAUACCGGAAUAUAUCAAUGAAUUAAUGGACACCUGUCUUUGUGAAAUAUUGUUGGGAAAGGGGAUGGUAAACAAAUAAAAAUAACAAACAUUGUU